AUUGUUUUCAGGUUACAAAAUUGCAUGAGAUCAAUUUUUACUUAUUGUAAAAACUAUCUUUUUACUGCUGCGAAUAAUAACUAUCGAGCAAUAAAUUUCAUUUGCUUCGCUCAUUUGCUGCCGAACGGUGACAUCAUUAGACCAAAACCCACUUGAAGCGAGGACUUUUGACGUCUUCUCACUCGAGGCGUUUGCUGGCGCACUAAUCGUCUCUCUCCGCGUGUCGCGUUGUCAGUGGUGUUGGUCCGAGAGCCACUUUUUCUAUUUUAGCGUUUUUUUUAGGUUGUAUGUUUGCAUUUCUGCAAAGAAAUAGCAUCCUUUUCUUGUCGGUGACUCGCCGGCCGCUCCGUCCGUGCGCGGUGCCCGCCCGAGCAAUGGCCGCCCCCGGACAGCAGCCGCCGGCCGGGGUGCGCGGCAUGACACGGCUCGAUCGGACUGCCUUCCAGCGGCCGCUGGACGUGUGCGCGCUCCGCCUGCCCGCGGCCGACAUCGCGCCCAUCCUGAAGCUGCUCAAGACGCAGAUGCUGCGCGUGCCACACUUGCGUCCGGUCCAGCCGCUCGGCGAGCUGCCGCUGAUGGAGUCCUCCGGCGGCGGGGAGCCGGGUGCGGACGCGCCGGCUGCCGACGGCCCGGACCAGAAGGUGGUGUUGCUGGACCCGGAGCGUGUGCCGGACGCCGGCGGGCUGCCGUGGUCAGGUCUGGAGCCGCUGGGACUGAGCGCCGCGGAUAGUCCGCUCCGGCUGACUCUGAGACUGGCCUACGAUAAUUACCGCGCAGACGCGGUGCUGCGCGCCGUGCUGCCCGACGGCCAGGACGGCUGCACCAGCUUCUCCCGGGUCGGCCACCUGAUCCACCUGAACCUGAAGGAGCACCUGCUGCCCUACGGGGAGCUCAUCGGACAGGUGCUCAUGGACAAGCACCCGGGCGUCCGCACCGUGGUCAACAAGCUCAACACCAUCGACAACACGUUCCGCAACUUCAGCAUGCAGCUGCUAGCCGGCGAGGCCGACUAUCUGGUGGAGGCGCGCGAGAACGGCUGCUCGUUCCGGAUGGACUUCUCCAAGGUGUACUGGAACCCGCGGCUGUGCACCGAGCACGAGCGGUUGGUGUCGCAGCUGCAGCCCGAGGACACGCUGUACGACGCGUGCGCCGGCGUGGGACCGUUCACCGUGCCGGCCGCCCGCAAACGGUGCCGCGUCCUCGCCAACGACCUCAACCCGGAGUCGUUCCACUGGCUGCAGCACAACGUGACCGCCAACAAGGUCCAGGACCGGGUGCAGACGUUCAACAUGGACGGCCGGGAGUUCAUUCGGACGGAGGUGCGGCGCGGCCUGCGCGAGCGGCUGGCGGCGCCGGCCGCCGCCGGCCGGCUGCACGUCGUACUCAACCUGCCCGCGCUGGCCAUUCAGUUCGUAGACGCGUUCGUGGGCCUGCUGUCACCAGACGAGGUGCCGGCCGACCAGGUCGUGCCACUGCGCGCGCACGUCUACACCUUCACCAAGGAGCUGUCGGCGGCCGAGCGCAGCGUCACAGAGGCGCUCUGUACCAAUGUCGGCAGAGACGUCAGCCGCCACUUGCGCGAGGUGUUCCUGGUACGCAACGUGGCGCCCAAUAAGCUGAUGUACCGAGUGACCUGGGACGUGCCCGCGGAGGUGCUGUGCGCCAUGGACGACGGACCCGUCCUCAAAAAGGCCAAACUGACGGAGCCCUGACCGCGUGUUACUGGAUGGACAUUUGACACCUUUGUUAGUGCCGGCUCAGCGCAAGGAUCGCUGACAACGAACGUCCCGCGCAAUGUGUUGUCUGUUGACGUCUGUCUGAGAACCAAACACUGGUGUGUCUUUCGAAUUGUUGGGCCUACUAUGGGAUCGGCUACUUGCCCCAGAAAUUCAAAUUUAACGCUGCAGUGCCAGUUUUACGUUUUUGCUAGCUUAUUGUUUUAUAUUGGUACUGCAAAGCAAAUGCUUACGGCGAUGUUCCGAGCAAAGUCAGCUUAUGCUGAAAGGGUGACAUGCUUCAUUUGGUGUGCGUUGUUUGGAGCCGCUAUUUUCAUAGCAAAUUCAUUCACUUGACGUAAAUACACUUUUUGUACCGUG